CUCUUUUUGGGCAUAUACACCGAAUUGGAAGAAGUGUAACCAUUUGAUUCCGCGCCUCUUGCGCAUCAAUAGACACUAGUUUGAAACAAGGGGCGUUUCUACGGAUUUUUCCCAGGCAUUGAGGAUUCCUCUCCAAGCUUCUAUUGCAUGAUGGGUGAGGGUUUUGAGAAAGAAGAUACGGAUUCUUAGAAUUAAUAAUUAUCAGAGCAAAUUUCAGCAAAAGAAAAAGUACAAGUAUUGGAAAAAUGGUGACGCUAGUGGUGGCCACCACCACCGAUCCAGCCUCCAUCGGCCCUGCCUCCGCCCUCUUAGCUAUGCCCGGUUGGCACCCUGGCCCCCUCAUCCAGGAUAUGCCAAGUUUUGUGAAUAAGGAAGUAAGGCUAUUGCAACACAAUAGCAGCAUUGUCAAAGAAGUUCACUUGGAUAAGCGUUGGGAGGAGGCAACCGGUGAAGUUGUUGAUGAGGUCAUAUUUCUUAGCAAGCACACUGCAGUGUCAAAUCGUCCUGCACUCACGGUUCAUCCAAUUGGUGUGCCUCAUUUACUCGAAGGUGACACGCUACCAGCAGGUGGAAAGCCCGGGUGGGCAGCACCUCCUAGUCCUCGGAUAGGACCGUGGUUGAGGCUGUUGAAGACCAUUGCUGAAUCACAUAAUCUAACACCUGAAUUUGAGGUUACCUUAGAGGCUACUCACCAUGGACCUGAAAUUAAUUCACCCACAAUGUUUCUAGAGAUUGGCAGCACAGAGGAGUACUGGAAGAGACAGGAUGCUGCACAAGCCAUUGCUUUAGUUGGGUAUCUUUUUGUGUGCAUUGAUUCAUUUGUUACAAUGUUUCUUCUUUUAUUAGUGUGGGAAGGACUGGGCCUUGGAGGAGGAGUUGACGUCGGAAACUGGAGCAGGAACAAUGGUCGAAACAAAAUUCUUCUGGGAAUUGGUGGUGGACAUUAUGUACCAAGGCAUAUGGAUAUUGUUCUGAAAGAUGGUGCUUGGGUGGGCCACCUACUUUCUGGAUAUUCAUUGCCAAUGGAAGAUCCCAGUCAGUUUAAAGCAGAGGCAAAUGCAGAGGGAGUGGGUGGAGCUUGGAGGGAAGCAAUCAAAGUUGCAUUUGAGACUACUAAAGCAGCUUUUCCAGGGGGAGAAGUUCUGGCACACCUUGAUAACAAGAGUUUCAAGAGUUGGCAGAAAAAUGCUAUUAUGGGGUUCCUAGCAGAGCAGGACAUAAAAGUUGGCAAGCCUGAAGGAAGGGCAAAGACAAGCAAAACUUUCUUUGUUUCUCAUUGCAAUUCUUGGGGUCUCAUGCACCUGAGGGUCCGAGAAACCCGAGGUCACCCACAUGCAAAUUUUGCAUACACAACAUUGAAGGUGGCCGGAACCCUAGUGCUGUUUGGGUUGCUAGCCGACUCUCCAAUGUCUACGAUCAACGUUAUGGACAAGAAGCUUAAUUUCAUGACUAACCGAGGGGUAUGCUUAAGGAGUCUAUGCAAUGGUGUCACAACACAUGAUGAACUUAGUCUUCUUCUAGUGACACUUUCUAUAAUGGUCCGGUAG